ACGUAAAUGACGUCAAAGAGACUGCACUGCGUGACGUCUACUAGAUGUCGCCCCUUCAUGGUCCCCAUCAUGUAUUCUUCAUCGAAUAUCCCACGAGGGGCACUGGGCGCUAUCGGUCCUCCCAUGCCGAACCAGUUUCGUGGUUCAACCAAAAUGGCGGUUAACGUGCAUAGCACCAGUUGUACUACAGACAACCUUAGUCGACAUGAUAUGCUACAGUGGAUCAACGAUAGUCUACAACUAAAGUACACCAAAAUUGAACAGUUAUGUUCGGGUGCUGCUUAUUGUCAGUUUAUGGACAUGCUUUUCAUGGACUGCGUAAACCUGAGCAAAGUGAAGUUUGCAUCGAAUCAAGAACAUGAAUUCAUCACUAACUGGAAGAUAUUGCAAAAGGCAUUCAAAGCCGCUGGUGUAGAUAAGCAAAUUCCAGUUGAAAGGCUGGUCAAAGGAAAAUUUCAGGAUAACUUUGAGUUCGUUCAGUGGUUCAAAAGGUUUUUUGAUGCAAACUAUUCAGGUCCUGACCCUGAAUAUGACCCUGUGAAAGCACGGCAUGGUAAAACAGACACCCCACAAAUUGCUUUACCACGAAAAAGCUCAGGACCACCCAGAGCCAUGCCAGCAAUGGCUAAAAACCCUGCACCUGCAAAAGGAACAUAUGCAUCCAAACCUGCAGCAAGUGGUCCAACCAGGCUUGGUGGCAGAGGUGGAGCACCAGGGCCAGGUAGACCAGCUCAGCAGCCUUCUCGUCCCACGGGAGGAGCUGGUGGGGCCUCUGCUGCUCUGGCAAAGAGUGAGGCUCAAAUACAAGAACUUACUAAUGAGCUUACUGCACUGCAGUUGACAGUGGAAGGAUUAGAAAAGGAAAGAGAUUUUUACUUUGGUAAAUUACGAGACAUUGAAGUUCAGUGCCAGGAAGAGGAGGAUGCUCCUGCUGGCAGUGUUAUUGACAAGAUCAAAGCAAUUCUUUAUGCAACUGAGGAGGGUUUUGCUCCACCAGAGGAAGUUGGAAAUGAUGUAGAUGAGUUUGGUUAUGAUGAUGAACAGGAAGAGUAUUAGUGUAAUCUUAGUGUUACUCAUGCUUUUGAGUGCGAUCAGCUAAAUCAUUCACUGAACAGACUUAAUGGCUUGAAUGAAAUUUUUUUUAUUGAAAUAGUUUCUUUUAAUCAAGUGCCAGAACAUUAAGAAAACAGUAAUUGCUGUCAGGUUUAAAGUGAACUGAUCGACUCUUAAGUUUCUAUCAUUUAGUAUUUUUGUAUCAUAAUAAAUAACAAGAAAAUAUGAUCUCAGUAACCUGAAGACCAACAAUUUUCCUUUGCGAGGACUGAGAAAUCAGAAUGAAUGUUUCUCUUCUUGUCCUAUAUGGAAAUAGCUUGUUCUGUCAAACUAAUCAUAAGCUCUUAAAGAUCUAUACAGCCGCAGGUAUACUUCACACCACUCAAGGCCAUCAAGAAUAGUGAACUCUCAAAGAAUAGGCCAUGUAUAUCAAUACUCUAACAUGGACAAAAUUACAAAUUUGUGAAGUUUCCUUUGUCUUUCAUUGCCCAAGAGGCUUUGAUACAAAGAAAAAAUACCACCAAAUAUAGAAGUUUGUCCUGAAAGCCUCAGAGCCAUUUUAAAUUAAUUAUUGAUAUGUUGAACAUGGCCUAUUCCAAAGCAAGGCAGGAAGGUAGCUCAACUGACCAAGUCUACAACAAAAAUAUCAGUGAGCAAGUGUCAUUUUGAUGUUUGGUCAAUUUGGUCUUUAAAACAUUGAAUUGCCUAGAGUUUAAGUAUAAUAGACUUGGAAUAAAAGAGUGUGCUAACUACAGCUGGAUAGUGA